CUAUCCCGCCUUUAUCUCGCGAAUUUUUACGGCAGGGGAUAAACAAAAGCGCCUCAUUUUCUCUGUUUUACGCCUGCGAAUUCGGUGUAUAUUAUUGUCUAGGGAUGGAGUCAGGAAUCGUCGAAGAAUAUCAGAACCACUUCCUCUCUACAUCUUGACCAAUAAUUUUCCUCCUUUAAUGGUUCUCCUGUGUUAUUAUCCUUGAAACCCUAGCUUUCAUCGUCUUAUGAAUAUUCAGAUAAAAAUGAAGUUGCAUUUGGACAUGAAAUUUCGUUCGGUGGUUUCUGUGUGCCGUAGCUUAAGACAAUUCAGCAGCUCCGGGAAAUUUGAUUUUACGGAUUUGACUUCACCGCAUACAUGGUAUCCAGUUGCUCGGAGGAAGAAGCGCAACGUUGUGUUGCACGUGGGUCCCACAAAUAGUGGUAAAACAUAUCACGCAUUGAAACAACUUGAGUCGAGCUCUUCAGGUUUAUAUUGUGGUCCCUUGAGGCUGCUUGCGUGGGAAGUUGCAAAAAAGUUAAAUAAGGCAAAGGUUCCUUGCGAUUUGAUUACUGGACAAGAGAGGGAGGAAGUCGAAGGCGCAAAACACAAGUCCGUUACUGUCGAAAUGGCUGACUUGAGCUCUGAUUACCAAUGUGCUGUUGUUGAUGAAAUCCAGAUGGUAGGAUGCAAGACAAGGGGUUUCUCAUUCACACGUGCGUUAUUGGGCAUUCCUGCUGACGAACUUCACCUUUGUGGAGAUCCUGCUGCUGUUCCCUUAAUCCAGCAAAUACUCAAAGUGACUGGUGACUCUGUCGAGGUCCAGUAUUAUGACAGGCUCUCACCUCUUGUUCCAUCGAAGGUUCCUUUAGGACCCUUCUCUAACAUACAGAGAGGAGACUGUAUAGUCACUUUUUCACGCCGCGAAAUAUACAGAUUAAAGAAAGAAAUCGAAUCUCAAGGAAAGCAUCUUUGUUCCGUAGUCUAUGGUUCACUGCCACCUGAAACUCGAACGAGACAGGCAACUAUGUUUAAUGACGAGAGCAGCGAGUUUGAUGUACUCGUAGCCAGUGAUGCCAUUGGCAUGGGUCUCAAUCUGAAUAUUUCUAGAAUCAUAUUUUCAACGCUUCAAAAGUUUGAUGGUGUAGAAAUGAGGGAUUUGACAGUACCAGAGAUAAAACAAAUAGCAGGAAGGGCAGGACGUUAUGGAUCUAAGUUUCCUCGUGGUGAAGUGACGUGUAUUGAUGGAGAGGAUCUACCUUUACUUCAUUCAGCACUAGGGUCUCCUUCUCCUAUUCUAGAGUGUGCUGGAUUAUUUCCUACCUUUGACCUCUUGUACUUAUAUUCACGCCUCCAUCCAAACGCUGGUUUUCACCAAAUAUUGGAGGAAUUUCUACACAGCGCGAAGUUAUCAGCUAACUAUUUCAUUUCCAACUGUGAAGAAAUGCUGAAAGUAGCCGCUGUUCUUGAUGAUUUACCCCUCGGAAUACAUGAUAAAUACCUAUUCUGUAUUAGUCCAGUUGACAUGAACGAUGACAUUUCAUCGCAGGGGCUUACUCAGUUUGCAACAAACUAUGCAAGAAAAGGCAUAGUACGACUAAAAGAAAUAUUUACACCUGGGACACUUAAGUUGCCAACAACCCAGGCUGCACUCAAGGAGCUGGAAUCCAUUCAUAAGGUUUUGGAUCUUUAUGUGUGGCUAAGUUUCCGAAUGGAGGAUUCUUUCCCAGACCGUGAGGUAGCAGCUUCACAAAAAUCAAUCUGCAACUUGUUGAUUGAAGAUUUUUUGGAAAGACUUGGAUCAGAGAGGCCGAGUAGAAAAAGGUUAGCAACGCCGCCAAUUUACCUCGAAAGAAAUGGGAGGCAAUGUAGAUUUUGAGAAGCGAUACGGGGAAUAAUGUGAAAACCACUAUUCGCCUCCAAUUUGCUUUCACUUUUAAUACAUCUCAAAACCACAUUUCAUUCUAAAUCCACUUUCAUGAUGUAAAGCUCAACCUUCCUCCUUUUCUUUAGUCUGAUUAUUUUUGUAGGUCUUUUGCCAUCUUGGUUUUGUUUUCAUCCUUUUUCAUUUUCACAAGUAUUCUUUUAUUUAUUUUCUACUCCAGAUGGGGCAUUUGGGUGUGCCCAUAUUGUUAAGCUCUAUGUAUUAACUUUCCAGUGGUCAAUGAAAGAGCCUUUUUGUUCUCCAA